AGCGGAUGCAAAUGGAUAUGGCGUUCUCAAUUGUUACAUUCUCAAGUGCUACAUGAAUUUGUGAUGCAAGAAUGGCAACAGGAAAAGGCCGGAUCUUGCAACUCUUGCAUGGCAAAUUCGGCACAGAUUCCCUUUCCCAUGCUGCUUAGCCCUUCCAAAAUUUGUCAUGCGAGGCAGCUUCACUGUUUGGACGUUGAUGCUCAUUUGGCAUGACAAAUCAUGUAACAUCAGUUGAGAAUGUAACAUUUGAGAGCUCCAUAAUGGACCGGUUUUUGCGCGGUAUCCAAGACGACGUGGUAAAAGGACAUCAAAAGCAAGGAGAAGAACACUUCGAUGAGACCGACCCCAACGACGACGACGACGCGGACGAGACCGCGUUUGCCAAGGACAUCGUGUCGGUCAAGUUGCUGCGUCGCUUGAAUGUGCAUGCUGG